GCUGGCACGAUGGUCUCGUGAAGAGUUGAGCCAGUACAUUGCUGCUUUGGGGGAAAAAAAAAUACUUUAAAUGGAGAGAACAUUACUGAAAAAUGGAAAUAAUUUACUAUUUUCAUGAAGGUCCUUGAGCACACUUGAGGGAUUGGAGAUCUUUGUAGCUCUGUAGUCAUUCAUGUUUUAUUCUAUGCUCGUUCAGAACGGCGAUCUUCAUUCCUUAUCCAGGAAAGCUGCAGGGUUUGCUGGUUUUUGUUUUUGUCUUAAUAUCAGCAACCAUUUCAGAACCAAGGAUCCAGGAGGAAUGCCGGCUCCUGAGCAGGCCCCAGUGAUGGAGGAGGGUCUGCUACAGAACAUCCCCGACGGUUCCAGGGACCGAAGCAUGGAGGCGGACAGCAACGCCACCAACAUCCUGGCCUCCGUCAAAGAGCAGGAGCUCCAGUUCGAGCGGCUGACUAGAGAGCUGGAGGUGGAGCGGCAGAUUGUGGCCAGCCAGCUGGAACGAUGUCGCCUGGGGUCGGAGUCGCCCGGCGCCGCCAGCGGCAGCUCGUCUGAGAAGUCCUACAACUGGAGAUCUGCAGAUGCGUCCACUCCGGGUGAGAGCAAAUCUCGGAUGACGGACAACUCUCGGUCGCCCACCUACCGCGUGAGAAGCGAACAGGACCAAGUGGCUCUGUAUUCCCCUGGCCACACCCCUCUCCAUGAAAGGUGCUCGGGAAACUCCUCCCAGAUGAACUCCUUCACGGACAACGGGUACCCGGACGCAGGCGGCUUCUACAGCAGCCAGAGCCUGGUGAAGACAGAGCUCCGGCUGCAGCACUCCUACCCCGGCAUCGCCGCCACCGCCUCCCUCCUGCGGAGCUCCCGGGCCGAAGGGCAGACCUUGGUCAAGGCGAACUCUGGAGCGUCCGGCCGCGUGAUGCGGCGGGUGAGCUCGGUGCCGUCGCGCACGCAGUCGCCGGGCUACGGCAGCGGCGGCGCGUCCCCGUCGCGCGGCUCCCUCCGCGCGUACGGCUCGCCGGUGGUCACCGAGCCCAAGCCGCUCUCCAGCAUCUUCUCGGCCACCACCCUGCCGUCCUCUCAGCGGCCCGGCUCGCCCUACUCGGGCCCCAGGGCGGGCUCGCCCACCCCGCUCCGCCGCGUGGGCUCCGCCGGCUCCCGCUCCGGCAGCGCCGGCCGCGCCGGCUCCCCGCUCCCGUCGGGGGAGGGGCCUCAGCCCCAGCAGGCUCCGCCCCCGUCCUCGCCGGUGCGCUCCGGCAUGACGGCCGUGCCGCAGCACUACGGCUCCACCCUGCCGCACUCGCUGCACCUGGAGAUGGAUCCCUACAGCCCGCAGGCCUACGACAUCUACGAAAGGAUGGUCCAGCCACGCCCAGACAGCCUCACAGAUCUCCGGCACUCUUACGCCAGCCAGCACAGCCAGAUGGGACAGGACGGGAGGCUGGCCAUGUCCCCCGACCACCACCAGCUUUACAAGGAGGGCACCUUCCAGGGCCCCCUGUACCACAGCCCUAACCACAGGGCCACGGACCUGGACCAUGGCGCCUCUGGCACCCUCUACAGGGCCGUCUCAGGUGUAGGGAAUUUGCAGAGAACCUCCAGCCUGCGGGGGGCGAUGACAUACCAAAGAAGCAACUACGCCCUGAACACCACGUCUACAUACGCUGACCCCUACCGCCUGACCCAGUACGAGCCCGCCGAGCCCAACUACGCCCGACAGGCAGCGGCGGUGGACGAUGCUGCCACGCGUUCACCUUCCAUAGACAGCAUUCAGAAGGAUCCCAGAGAGUUUGCCUGGCGAGACCCCGACUUGCCCGAAGUCAUUCACAUGCUGCAGCAUCAGUUUCCCUCCGUGCAGGCCAACGCCGCCGCCUACCUGCAGCACCUGUGCUUCGGAGAUAAUGGAGUCAAAGCCGAGGUGUGCCGGCUCGGCGGGAUUAAGCACCUGGUGGAUCUGCUGGACCACAAAGCUCUGGAGGUCCAGCGCAACGCCUGCGGGGCCCUGCGGAACCUGGUCUACGGGAAAGCCACCGACGACAACAAGAUCGCCGUGAGGAAUGCGGGCGGGGUCCCCGCCCUGCUUCGGCUGCUGAGGAAGAGCGCGGACACGGAAGUGCGGGAGCUGGUCACCGGUACAUUGUGGAACGUGGGCUCGUGUAGCAGCGUGAAGAUGACAAUCAUUCGUGACGCCUUAAGCACGCUGACGAACACUGUGAUCAUCCCUCACUCCGGGUGGAGCAGCUCCGCCUUCGACGACGAGCACAAGCUCAAAUUCCACUCCUCGCUCGUCCUGCGCAACACCAGCGGCUGCCUCAGGAACUUGAGUUCGGCAGGUGAGGAAGCGAGGAAGCAGAUGCGUAGUUGCGAGGGGCUGGUGGACUCUCUGCUCUACAUCAUCAAGGCCUGCGUUAACACCUCCGACUUCGACAGCAAGAUCGUGGAGAACUGCGUGUGCACGCUGAGGAACCUGUCCUACCGCCUGGAGCUGGAGAUGACCCAGUCCCAUCUGCUGGCGACCCAGGAGCUGGACGGCCUGCUGGGCAGCGAGUCGCCCAGCAAGGAGGCCGAUUACAGCUGCUGGGGCAAGAAGAAGAAGAAGAAGAAGAAGACGUCGCAGGAGGACCAGUGGGACGGAGUGGGCCCCAUCCCGGGGUUCUCCAAGUCGCCGAAGGGGGCGGAGAUGCUGUGGCACCCGGCCGUGGUGAAGCCCUACCUGACGCUGCUGGCCGAAAGCUCCAACCCAGCCACGCUGGAGGGGUCGGCGGGCUCCCUGCAGAACCUCUCCGCGGGGAACUGGGAGUUUGCCGCGUAUAUCCGGGCCGCUGUGCGGAAGGAGAAGGGACUGCCCAUCCUGGUGGAGCUGCUCCGGAUGGACAACGACCGCGUGGUCUGCUCCGUCGCCACGGCGCUGAGGAACAUGGCCCUCGAUGUCAGGAACAAGGAGCUCAUAGGAAAGUACGCCAUGCGGGACCUGGUGAACAGGCUGCCGGGAGGAAACAACACCCUGCUCUCCGACGAGACGGUGGCCGCCAUCUGCUGCACGCUGCACGAGGUCACCAGCAAGAACAUGGAGAACGCCAAGGCGCUGGCCGACACGGGAGGCAUCGACAAGCUGGUCAACAUCUCCAAGGGAAGAGGAGAGAGGUACUCAAUGAAGGUGGUAAAAGCAGCAGCACAGGUACUGAACACCCUUUGGCAGUACAGAGACCUACGCGCCAUCUAUAAAAAGGAUGGUUGGAACCAGAACCACUUCAUCACGCCAGUGUCCACACUGGAGCGGGACCGGUAUAAGUCUCAACCCACCCUGCCCACCAGCACCUUACAGAUGUCACCCGUCAACCAGUCAGCUGGUAGUGCGACUUCCUCUCCUGCAAUGCUGGGAAUAAAGGAACAGCACUCAGAUUAUCAAAGAACACAGUCCUCUAUGCAAUUUUAUAACUACCAAGGAGACAACAAUGCAAAUAAGACUCAGUACACAGGGUCUGGAAAGCCAUCCCAAUAUUUCAUAGGGUCCUAUUCGUCCCCAUCAAGAGAGGAGUCCAGGAGAGGGCAGUUGUACUAUGCUGACGAGACGGGCAGAAGAAACUACGACACCUACAGAAUGUACCUGCAGUCUCCGCACGGGUACGAGGACUCCUAUUACCAGGACGCAGUCCACCUCCCCUCCUCCGCGGACUACAGCGCGCAGGCGCACGGCCUCAAAUCUAACACCAACUACGUGGACUUCUACUCCACCACGCGCAGGCCUUCGUACCGAGCCGAGCAGUACCCGGGAUCCCCCGACUCCUGGGUAUAGAAUUCGAGAAACGAUAGACUUCCACGAACUUGUGUAUGUGUACGUGCGUCUUUAAGCGAAUUUGAGUCUGGGCAAGUGGCAAGAUGACGUGAGCGAAAGAAGCCGAGCGAGGAACGCGAAUUGUGGAUUUUCUUUUUUGAAUCAUGCUGCGUGUUUGUAUCUGGAGACUCUGUGGGUUCUGUUUUGAGGAUGCGCGUAUCCGCUCGCUAUAGGUCGCGAAAUUUGCUUCGCGAUUUCUCUUGAGCGUUGGAGAAAGGGCUACGGAAAUAGUAAGGCUGCAUAUUGCCGUUUAUAUGAAUUUUAAAAGAUCGAUUCUGUCGAUGUUCUGAGAGAUCAUGAUGCCAAAUGCCGCACAUCUCCCGUGUUUGUCAGUUAUCACCGGUCUGCAUACCUCCUUCACAGUUGACCAUUAGCAGAAUGGAUCGCAAUCGCAGUGUGUACACUGGCAGAUGUGUGGCUACAAGACCCUUUCAAAACUUUAUUAAUUAGCUGUCAGUUGCAGUCAUGGUAAUGAUAAAAAUGCUUAACAUUCCUUUCAGUUGUCUGGACAGUAUAGGGAAUAUAUUAAGAUUACAGCCCUCAUUUUAAGAAUACCUGCAUGUAUUUGUGAUAAGGACAAAUGAAGUUCUUAAUUAAAAAGCACAUAAAGAUGUUUACAAGAGUGUGCCAUUUACAUAGAAAUAACAAUUAUAAAUAUUUUGAUGAUUAUCAUUGUUAUUUAUUUUAUUUAUUAGCAGGCAUAUCACUAUGUAACAUUAUCAGUUAAAUUGAGCAUACAUCUAAUAAAUAAAUAUAAUUGACAAACCUUUUUCUGUAGUUAUUUAGUAGAAAUACUGGAACAUUAAUUUUGUACCACACUAAGCCAAAAUAGAUUAACAUGAGACUAGUGAGUCAGAAAAGCAUAUGCUAAAUAAACAUAGAAACCUUCAUUUAAAGGGAAUGUGGAAGGUGUGUUAAGGCCCAGUCAUCCCUUGUCCACACCUUUACAGAAUGCAGUAGUGUUUGGCCUUGUGUCUGUGUUUGCCGACUGCCUUUGCGUCCUCAAAAUAGAGCCCUUACCUGGGCAAGAUGGCAGUAUUUUGCUUUUAACCCAUAACUGUGACAUAGCAUGAUGAGGGCGUCAGUCAUGUGAUGAAAAGGACUGCGGUAGCGAAUCGAACGAGAGAAUAUGUACGUUGGCCAAAACUGAAGAUUUCAAAUCUGUGAAAUGGUUCUACAGAUGUCUUGUACAGAAGAUUCGGUCUGUGUCCCCUUCUUGUUUUAUUGCUGUACUUAAUAUUGUGUAUGCCAUGAAGUCUUGUAUAUACCUUUAAUUUUAUUGUAAAUACAGAGGAAAAUAUCACCUGGCCUACUCCCAUUAGCACUGGUCAAAAGUUGUGCCAUGUUAAAACAAUAUAGAUAUACAGUAUAAAUGUAUAGAGAAAUUAAGAUGGACAAAAAAUUGAUAUUACAUUACACAAGCAUUAUAAAGUAACAACAUAACACUUAUGUUUUUUUAACAAAUGGGUUGAUUGCAGACGUUUUGUGACAUAUCAGAGAUAUUAUCUUUAUUUUUCAAUUUUCUAUCCUGCGCCACUCAUGGUAUGAUCCACUGCCAUUUUCUAUGCACAUGAACAGAAAUAAAUGUGAACACUUGGUCCGUGAA